UCCGCGCGCCUCUGUCUGCUCGGUGCACAUUAUUCUGGGCUGGAGCCUUUCCCCGUGUCCUCGUUGGUAGUGUGCUAAUAGUAAUAACCAACGCAGACAUGAGCUUAUGGAAUCAAGAGGACUCAGUGCGUCCCUGCAUUGACCUCAUAGACUCGCUCCGGUCUCUGGGAGUGGAGCAGGACCUGGCGCUGCCCGCUGUCGCCGUCAUCGGAGACCAAAGCUCGGGGAAGAGCUCUGUGCUGGAGGCGCUCUCUGGAGUGGAACUACCAAGAGGUCGAACAUAUCCCCUUGUGCUGAGGAUGAGGAGAACCAAAGAGGAGGAUGGUUGGUGUGGUAUUGUCACAUAUCACAGGAAUGAAUGUAACAUAACUAAAACGAUGAUACCAAACCCUGAGGAUGUGAAGACUAAAAUUGAAGAAGUUAUACCUUGGAACUUUUCUCUAACCAGUGAAGGCUUCCUUUGUCUGGAUAUUGCCUCAUCUACUGUACCUAAUCUGACACUUGUUGAUCUACCAAGCUUACCCACCGAGCAAAACACUACAGUUCAGAUCAAAUCUUUUCUCAAAAAGAAAUAUAUUUUGGUGGUUGUUCCUUGUAAUGUGGACAUAGCUGAAGCAGAGUCUAUGAAGAUGGCAAAGGACGAGGACCCUACUGGACUCAGGACUUUAGGUGUUUUGACUAAACCUGAUCUGGUUGACAAACAAAGAGAAAAGGUUAUUGUGGACAUUGUGCAGAACAAGGUUCCCCCUCUUAAUCAGGGAUAUGUGAUAGUAAAAUGCCAGGAUGAGGGAGAGCAAAGUGUGAGGUACUCAAUCAAGAGAGAAAAAGCCUUCUUCAGGGACCAUGCACUUUUUAAGAAACUGUAUGAUGAUGGCAAUGCAACUGUACCUAAGCUGGCAGAAAGACUCACUCUGGAGCUGCAGCAGCAUAUUGAAAAAUCACUUCCUAUUCUGAAAGAACAGGUAAAAAAUCACUUCCUUCAAGAUAGUGCAGAGUUGAAGAGAUAUGGAUUUGAAUGCCCAUCUGAUGCAGCUGACAAACUGACUUUCCUCACUGAUAAAGUCACGAUAUUCACUGAGGACACCGGCGGAUUUUUAACAGGAGAACUUCUGGAACUCAUAGAUAAGAAAAUAUUCAGUGAAUGGAGAUAUAUUGUACAAAACGCUGUAGACACAUUCACUGGGACCUUUGAAGAGGAGGUGGCCCAGUAUGAGCAAAAGCACAAAGACAGAAUGCAGUCUGGCUUUAUGAACUACAAUUCCUUCAAAAGCAUAGUCAAAGAGCACAUUGGACUUCUGGAAGAGCCUGCAGUUUUGACACUCAAGGAUGUGACAGAUAUAGUAAAAAAAGAAUUGCAAGUGAUAGUGGAGAACAACUUUGCUGCUUUUCCAAAACUCCAGAUGAAAUCACAGAAUAUAAUUUCUGAUGUCAUUUUGACAAGGGAAAAAACAACAGAGUCCACAGUGAGGAUGCAGUUUAAAAUGGAACAGUAUGUUCAUUUAGGGGACAACAUGUGCAGCAACACAAAUAAAGAGGACAUGCAUGUAACUACCGACACCAUCAGUAAUAAGCGUCUAAACAACAUGAUGGUCCAGCUGAAAUCAUACUACCACACUGCCUCUCAGCGGCUAGCAGGCCAGAUCCCACUGGUGAUCCGUUUCCAGAUGUUGCAGGAGUUGUCCACUCAGCUGCAGAAGGAGAUGCUGCAGAUGGUUCAAAAUAAGCCUGACACCGGUGUACUGCUCCGAGAGGACUCCAGUAUUAGGAGCAAAAGAAACAAGAUCCAAAGUCGCUUCAAACGUCUAACAAAAGCAUGCAUUUUGUUGUCUGAAGAAAUUCCUAGAACAAAGUUGUACUAGCAGUUAUAAGUCUUUAAACACAUUUUUGUUACUUGAAUUUUAAAGAUACGAUACAUAGCUUGUACUCUUGGUGGUUUAGGAAGGAAUCACGAUCUCAACUGAACUUUUGUUGCAAGAGCCUCAACCUGCAUAUAAAGGACACAUACAGGUUUUUCCUCCUUUGCAGUAUAUGAACAGACCAUGCUCAGAAAGAUCAGAACCUCUAAAGUUCACUCACUGACAGUCUUCUCCACAGAGAUCAAGGCAAGGCAAGGCAAGUUUAUUUGUAUAGCACAAUUCGUACACAAGGUAAUUCAAAGUGCUUUACAGAAUAAGAAACAUUAAAAUCACACAAAUCAAAACAUAAAUAAUCACAAAUAAUCAUCAUAAAAUUAACAUUAAAAGUGAAGAGUGCAGAAUAAAAACCUUUCAGUCAUAUGCACAGCUAAACAGAACUGUUUUGAGCCUGGAUUUAAACAUUGGCAAAGUAGAAGCCUGUCUCACAUCUUCAGGAAGACUGUUCCAGGUUUUAGCUGCAUAAAACUUAAACGCUGAUUCUCCAUGUUUAGUCCUGACUCUGGGCACCAGCAGGAGGCCGGUCCCUGAAGUCCUCAGAGUGUGAGAUGGUCCAUAUGGCACCAACAUGUCGAAGAUAUACUGUGGACGUAGGCCAUGGAGAGAUUUAUACACAAGCAAAGCUGCUUUAAAGUCUAUUCUUUGAGCUACAGAAAGCCAGUGCAGAGACCUGAGCACAGGACUUACGUUCUCGUACUUCCUGGUUCUAGUCAGGACCCGAGCAGCAGCGUUCUGGAUGUACUGCAGCUGUGUUAAGGCAUGUUUGGAGAGGCCAGUGAGCAGGCCGUUACAGUAGUCUAACCUACUGGACACAGAUGCAUGGAUAAGUCUCUAAGUCUGGCUUUGACAGUUUACCUUUGAUUUUUGCAAUGUUUUUUAGGUGGUAAAAAGCUGCAGAUGUUAUUGAUUUGAUGCGGCUGUUAAAGUUCAAGUCUGAGUCCAUUAUUACCCCUAGAUUUCAAGCACAGGCAAUGACUCACAACUGUACCGUCUAAACAAAAUAAAUAAAUAAAAUACAUUUCAAUUAUUUUGUUAUAAUUUCAUAUGUUAAUUGCUGAUCAAAGAAGAAGCAAUGUAAAGAAGCAAUGCAUUAAAAUAGUUUAACAUUUAUUUCAACAUUUGAAGAGAGUUUAUGGUCUGAGGUGUGGACCUUCCCCCUGUUCUCCUGUCCGUUAACUCCGGUACAGUCUAUAACCUGGAACCUACAAAAACAGUUCACAAAAUAAAUAAUUAAUGAGGCAUGUAGAAGUCAGUUAUUAUACACACCUGAUCUGCACUGAAGCUGAAACAUAAACAGAGAAAAUAGUCAAAUUCAAAGACUGAUCCACUGAACAGUAAGAGAUAUUGCAUAUUCUGAAUGACAUUAAAGUUUAAGCUUCAUUCUCUGACAAAAACACAAUAAUUGUAAAGCAUCCUAUUUAAUCACAAGGACUGGAAGACAUGAAUUACUCAAAGAGCAGAGCUUAGAGCUUUUUGGCAUUUUUUUGGUUGUUUG